GUUGCGAUCCUCCGGAGCGGCUGCGGGAGCGGCGGGCGGCCGGGCCGGCAUGCAUCCAUCCCCGCCCGCGGCCGCGGCCGCUGCCCUAGCGGGAAUUACAGCCUCUCCCAGCCAGCUGCCAGCAUGAUUUCAUCUGCUGGAGGAUUUUUGCAGCUGAUCGCUUGAGGUUUUGUUGUUGUUGGGUUUUUUUUUUGGUUUUUUUUUUUUUCUUUUUCCUCCCUCUGUCUUUGUUUCCUUCCCCCUUUCCCCCCCUUCCCCUCCCUCCAUCCCCCCUUUCCUCCUCCUCCUCUUUUUUAGAAGCAGCAAUCGGAGAUGGAUGUCUCUCUUUGCCCUACCAAGUGCACUUUCUGGAGGGUAUUUUUGCUCUGGAGCAUUUGGGGAGACUAUCUGCUUUCGGUGCUGGCUUGCCCUGCUAAUUGUCUUUGCAGCAAGACAGACAUCAAUUGCAAGAAGCCGGAUGAUGGGAACCUCUUCCCUCUCUUGGAAGGGCAGGAUUCAGGCAGCAGCAAUGGCAACACGAGCAUCAAUAUCACGGACAUCUCAAGGAACAUCACUUCCAUACACAUAGAGAACUGGAAGAACUUGCAGACAUUGAACGCCGUUGACAUGGAGCUGUACACGGGACUGCAGAGGCUGACAAUCAGGAACUCAGGACUACGAAACAUCCAGCCACGAGCCUUUGCCAAGAACCCCCACCUGCACUACAUAGACCUCUCCGGGAACCGGCUCACCACUCUGUCAUGGCAACUCUUCCAGACACUGCGACUCUUUGAACUGAGAUUAGAGAGGAACCUUUUCAACUGCAGCUGCGACAUCCGCUGGAUCCAGCUCUGGCAGGAGAAGAGCGAGGCAAACCUGCAGUACCAGGAUCUCUACUGCAUGACCAUGGAUGCAACCAUCAUCACCUUGAAGGAGAUGAACAUCACCCAGUGUGACCUCCCUGAGAUCAGUGUGAGCCACGUGAACCUGACGGUGCGGGAAGGGGAGAACGCCGUCAUCACCUGCAACGGCUCAGGAUCGCCGCUGCCGGACGUGGACUGGACAGUGGCCGAGCUCCACUCCAUCAACACCCACCAGACCAACCUCAACUGGACCAAUGUUCAUGCCAUCAAUUUGACCCUGGUGAAUGUCACCAGCGAGGACAAUGGAUUCCUGCUUACCUGCAUUGCAGAGAACGUGGUGGGGAUGAGCAAUGCCAGUGUGCUGCUCACUGUCUACUAUCCCCCUCGCAUCCUGACCCUGGAGGAGCCGGUGCUGCACAUGGACCACUGCAUAGCGUUUGCAGUGCACGGGAACCCGGCCCCCACACUGCACUGGCUGCACAACGGGCAGGUGCUGCGGGAGACGGAGAUCAUCCGCAUGGAGUUCUACCAGCAAGGGGAGGUGUCCGAGGGCUGCCUGCUCUUCAACAAACCCACCCACUACAACAACGGCAACUACACCAUCGUGGCUACCAACCAGCUGGGCUCAGCCAACCAAACUAUCAAAGGACACUUCCUCGAAAAGCCUUUUCCAGAGAGUACGGACAACUUUGUCUCAAUCGGUGAUUAUGAAGUGAGUCCCACCCCACCGAUCACUGUGACCCACAAACCAGAGGAGGACACUUUUGGGGUUUCCAUAGCGGUUGGGCUGGCAGCUUUUGCUUGUGUCCUGUUGGUCGUCCUCUUUAUUAUGAUCAACAAGUAUGGCCGGCGGUCCAAGUUUGGGAUGAAAGGCCCCGUGGCGGUGAUCAGCGGCGAGGAGGAUUCGGCCAGCCCUCUGCACCACAUCAACCACGGCAUCACGACGCCGUCGUCGCUGGACGCCGGCCCGGACACGGUGGUGAUCGGCAUGACGCGCAUCCCCGUCAUCGAGAACCCGCAGUACUUCCGGCAAGGCCACAACUGCCACAAGCCAGACACGUAUGUCCAGCAUAUUAAGAGGAGAGACAUCGUUUUGAAGAGGGAGCUGGGAGAAGGUGCCUUUGGGAAGGUGUUCUUGGCCGAGUGUUACAACCUCAGCCCCACCAACGACAAAAUGCUGGUGGCAGUGAAGGCUCUGAAGGACCCCACGCUGGCAGCCCGCAAGGAUUUCCAGCGGGAGGCAGAGCUGCUCACCAACCUGCAGCACGAGCACAUCGUCAAGUUCUACGGCGUGUGCGGCGACGGCGACCCGCUCAUCAUGGUCUUCGAGUACAUGAAGCACGGUGACCUCAACAAAUUCCUCAGGGCACACGGCCCAGAUGCUAUGAUCCUCGUGGAUGGGCAGCCUCGACAAGCCAAAGGGGAGCUAGGGCUGUCCCAGAUGCUCCACAUCGCCAGCCAGAUCGCCUCUGGAAUGGUGUACCUGGCCUCCCAGCACUUUGUCCACAGAGACCUGGCCACCAGGAACUGCUUGGUUGGAGCCAACCUGCUGGUGAAGAUUGGAGACUUUGGGAUGUCAAGAGAUGUCUACAGCACUGAUUACUACAGGGAAGGGCCGCGUCCGAAGGGCCAGCUCAGCGCAGCGUGGCAGCGACACAGACUGGCACCGUCGGCAGCUGCAACAGUUGGAGGACACACCAUGCUGCCUAUCCGCUGGAUGCCUCCAGAGAGCAUCAUGUACAGGAAAUUCACAACAGAGAGCGACGUCUGGAGCUUCGGGGUCAUCCUCUGGGAGAUUUUCACAUAUGGGAAGCAGCCCUGGUUCCAGCUCUCAAACACAGAGGUCAUUGAGUGCAUUACCCAAGGCCGAGUUUUGGAGAGGCCCCGAGUCUGCCCCAAGGAGGUUUAUGACAUCAUGUUGGGCUGCUGGCAGAGGGAACCUCAGCAACGGCUCAACAUCAAGGAGAUCUACAAGAUCCUCCAUGCUCUGGGCAAGGCCACACCAAUCUACCUGGACAUCCUUGGCUAGCAGUGGCCACUUGUUGGAAGUCCCUGCUCCUUCCUCCCGUCCUUCCUUCCCUCUCCCCCUCCCAGACCCUUUGCCCCUCAGCUCCCAAGCAAACAUCUUCAUAUAAACUCAAGUGCCUGCUACACAUACAACACUGAAAACAAAAGAAAAGCAAAACAGAAAGCAAACCAACAAAAAUCCCACAGAACAACAACCUGUAAGGCAGUUUGGCUUAUAUAUAUUUAUAGAUAUCUCUCUAUAUAUAACUUCCACACCAAUACAGAAAGAAGCUGCUGUUACAGAAAAUUGUGAGACUAUAUUAAAAAAAAAAAAAAGAAACAAAAAAAAAAAGGGAGAAAAAGUACUAAAAAAUAUAUAUAUAAUUAAAAAGAAAAAAAAAAAAAGAGAGAAAGAAAGGAGAAGGUAUCUUUCCCCCGAGCAAUCAAGCAGUGAAAUGUAACCCUGCUGUGAGUAUGGUUCGGGAUACUGGGCAGGGCUCUAGACUGGCUAUGGCAGCAAUGCCAUCCUGGGUAGGAGCCCCAGGAAGAAAGCCUUGCCCUGGUUGUAUGAUAUGCACUGAAUGUGUGAAAUCAGUUCUCCCUUUUCGUCCUUGCCUCCCUCCCUCCUUGCCAGCCCGCAGGUGAUGGGCACAGAGCCAGGGCAGUGCCCCUGGAUGAACUCUCUUUUACCAACCCCUUCCUCAUCCCUUUCUGCCUUCCUGCCUUUUUCCUCCCUCCGACAUUUCAGGACAAAUUUUUCUAAUUUGCUGAUUCUUAAAUGUAUAGACUCAAGGCUUUCGAACACACAGUCAAAGGAUUGUGGCACCUACGGGUAAAACACGCCGGGGAGCAGCCGCAGGCUGCAGGUUCCUGCCCCAGCCCUCCCCUGCCCCGUGCCGGCAGCAGCAGGACCAACCCGGCUGUGCCUGGGGCUCCAGGGGGGUCCCGGGGACCCCGAAUCAUCCCCAGCCCGUUCCAGUGUGUGAGACAGGAGCGCUGCUCACCCAGGGCGGCCAGUGCAGGCAUCACUUUGGGAGGAACAGCCCCACUCCUCCCCGCCCCUGUCAGUGGCCGUGGGGUUGUUCCCCCACCCUCAGCUGUCUGCACCCGGUGUAAAUUUUAGUGAGCAGGGUUGGAUCCUUGCUCCUCGCAUGGGGGAAAGGCUACAGGGUGCAGACAGCUGGGAGCAUGCCUGCAACCCUGCCGGGCAUGUCCGUGGGGUCAGCACAUCCCAGCGCCCUUCCCCUCCAUCCUCUCCCCUUCCCCAUCCCUGCCCCAAGCCUCAGCCCAAGCCUCAGGCACAGGACAGCGGGGGACGGGGAGGGGGACCAGGCUUGUGAGAUGGCUGGGAACCUACCAACACCUGCCUGCAGCUCCCUUGCCAUUCCCCUCACGUCCCCAUCCCCUGAAAGGAUUGAUGCAUCUGCCUUUGAGCUGUUGUGAAAUGCAGAGGCUGAAGAAUAGCUCCACAGGCAGCCCCGGGAGGAGGGGGGAAGGAGGGGAAGGUGCCUCCAGGAGCAGACGGCUCAGCGGAUGGCCACAGCGGCCAGCCUUGCAUCUCAAUGAGGAGAAAGGCCUGACAGGCAGCGACAGGGGGUGGUGGGGACAGGCAGCGAGAGGCAGCAGCAUCCUCAGCGUGGCCGAUCUCCCUGGAGCGGAAAAUAAUCCCGACCUGGGGAAACGCUCGGUCAGACGCUGAAUCCUGCCUGUCCGGACUGGGCUGAGAAUAAAAAAACCUCUCUGGGCCUUUCUUUCAUGUGGAUAAUGGAGGAUGAGGGGGAACCUCGGCUUGGCAGCUGCUCUCAGGAGGCAGGGAACGGGCGGCGCGGGCAUUGUCAAGGCAAUUUUGAGAAGGCAACCGCUGCCAGCACAAAAAUAGCCUGCUCGGAUGUGGCACUUGUGGAAGGCUAUGCAGAUAGGGGAAGAGGGGACAGAGAAGGGAUCUUGGCUCCUUCCCCAUGGCCAGAGUAAUAUUCAUGGCCAGGAUGCAAGGGGAGGAUGCUAGGAGGCUGGUUAUGGCUUGCACUGAAAGGGCUGAUCUGAAUGGCACUGAAAGGGAAGAUCUUGCAUCCUCUCCCCAUCCCCCCUGCCUCCUGACAAUUGAUAUCUCUCACUCAUGGCACUGGUAUGAUCUGUCUGAUGGUUUCAGAUAGAGGCAGGGGACACUGCUAAAGGAGGACUGUGGUGGCAGCAGCAGCUGUGGGUUUAUUCUCUGCUUGUGUCAUGAGCAGUGAGAGCCUGGGGUGGGAGAUGGUGGCAGAAGCCACGUGGGAGUAAGGACACAACAUUCCUCUGCCUGUUAGAGAGAUCUGGGCUAUAGGGACAGACUCCUGCCAGGGGGGCCUGGACAGACUGCCAUGGAACAGGCACCAGGUGCUCACAGCACCACCAACGAUGGCAUGGUCAUGGAGCAGGGUGUGGGCCAGCAUCAGGAACAAGGAACUCUGUACCAUGCCACUUCUCCAUAGCAGGACCUUGCUCUUUUGGGAGAGGAUAUCCUGCCUACUUAGGUCCAACUUUGAAAGGGGAAAAGAUUAAAGGGCUGCUGGCCCCAGCCUGGCUCCCUUUUUGUUCAGGCUGCUUUGGCUGAAAGGAUUGGAGAUUCAGCACAAGGGAGAGAACAAGAAAUGGCUGUUAAUUGUCCAGCAUCUCCUGAAGAAAACUCUUUCCUGGGGUGGCCUGUCUCUUACACCAAGUGGCUUCUUGCCCCUGUGGCUCCCAGGCACUGUGCCAGGUUGUGCAAGGCCACAGUUUUGUCCACCCCUCUCGCUCACUCCCAUGCUCUCAUUUCUUUUUUGGCCAAUGUCUUGGGCUUUUACACUAUGAAGUCACCUACAGACACUGGUUCGCAGCUGAUGAGAUUCCCUCAUCAAAGCAGCUGCAUCCUUCCUUCCUCACUUCUUUCCUCCUUCCCCCCUCCCCAGCACCACCACCCUGUCCCUUUCACCACCCCUUUGUGCUGUCACAAUACGAGGUGAGCUCAGGAGCUGAGUGUGACACCGAGCCUUGAUGCUGCAUGUUUAGGAUUAGGUGGCCUGUGAGGAGAGUUUCUGGGUGCCCAGAAGAUGGUAAGUGGCUGAGACCAAUGCACAGGCUCUGGCUGCUUUGAUCUUAGCCCCACCACGUGCAGUGACUGCCUUGGAGGAAGGUCCUUUUGUCAGAGUUAAUUGUGAACUGUUGUUCAGAAGAGCUGGAUAAGCUGCAGUUCUAUGAUGUGACAUCUGAUCUGUUGCUGCUCUGGCCCCCUUGGCCUGCCAUUGUUGGACGGAGAUUUGUUGGGAGCAAGGAGAAGAUUGCUUUGUGCUCAAAGACAUGAUAGAGACUGCUGCAUCCCUUUUUGGCAUGACAGUUUUGGAGGGGAAGAGGGAAAGCAGCUGUGCUGCAUUCCUGAUGAACACCCUGAGACCUCAUUUCCAGCAGCACCUUUCCUGGAGCAGAGGAGAGCUUCUCAUCAGCAUAGACUGGUGAUCUUCCCUGUAGGAAGAGGGGCUCUGCAAUGGGGCUAUGUAUGAGGGGAAGAAAAGCAGAUUUGGGGGGAAAUUCUCACAGAGUAUCAACAUCUGAAUGUUUGGGGUCAAAGAAAAAUGAGUUCAUGCUUCUUUAUUUCUCAGAGAGAUACUCCCCUAUGCCCUGCCUCUACUCAGAGCAGAGAGCUAUCCCUGCUGCUUGGGAACACCAACAUAUCUCACCCAGCUCUGGGGCAAGCCAGGCCAAAUUUCCAGCACAUCCAGGCAGACUUUCCCAGCAUCCAGCCUCUUCCAUCUGCAGUUUUCUUGAGGGACUUGUGAAAAGGAGGUGGAAGGAACACCAGUCUGAGCACAGCUGAGAAGGGGCCAUAGGGUCUGUCCCAGCUGCAUGCUGCUCCCUAAAAAUUAAAAUUGUUUGCACCAACUCAGUCACCCAAGGGCGUCACUGAAGUGAUGCUUUCUUGGAAGUGAAGGUGCUAUUUUGGUGCAUGGUACAGGUGGAUUUUUUGUGCCAGGGCUGCAAACUGCAGGCAGUGAAUGUGGCUCCAGCCUCAGGGUCUCAUCAGUGACCUGGUUUGUUUUCUCCUGCCAUUACCUUUCCUUUCACCCCAGUCUGUCAGGUUGCAAGACAGAAGCUGAAAUACAGCAAAGGGAAGAGAUGCUGAGAUCUGCCAGACUGAAAGUCCAUCCCUGUCUCCUGCAAAACUUGCCCAUCUGGCCUUUUUAGAUGUCCCUCAUUCAUGGAUUUUGGGAGCUGAAAAAGUCUGAACUGCCUGUCCUUGGGUCUGCAGGGUGUUGAAUUGCAGACAAGUGACUCUGGGAACUGUCUGCCCAGUGAAAACUGUGGAAUGCCUUCAAAGAGGCUGCUUGCUUCAGAGACAUCCUUAGCUUUGAGCUGUUUGCUUGUCCCCAGGAGUGGGUGGAACAAGGUAAGAAAAUAUGUGGAGGAAUAAAAGAGCCAAGAAAAGGGAAAGGCUGGUUUUAGAAAGCAACUGAGUAUCUUGGGUUGGGAAAUCAGGACAGAUUUGGGGAGUGUGGUGUAGAAGUUCAAGUAGCACAGUGGAUACAAGUGAAAACAAAAGAAAAUACUAACUGCAGCUCCAGGAAAAGUUAGCUAUGAAGCUGGGAAAAUAUUGGUUUAAAAAGGAGGCAGAAACCAAGGGAAAUCAAGGGAUCAUUUAUGCAAGUAGGAAACAAAAUCACUGGCUUUGUACUUUUCUGUGAUUUUUUUUUUCCCGAUAAGAAAAUGCGACUAAAAGAAGGUCUGAAAAGUUAUGCUGUUUCAGGGGCACAGACAGAAGUAUAAUACUAUAUGAGCUGUUUGUUUUUAUGUGAAGGGCUCUUAUUUCCCAGAAAUCAAAUGUAUAGGUUUCUUUAGUUCAGGAUAUGGGUUGAAUGCAGACAUAGUCACCACAAGCCCGUAAAUCCAGAGGUAGUUUGGAGCACUUGAUCAGUAUUCAUUUGUGCACCAGUCUGUGUGAGGACAGUGUUUUCUUCAGCACAUCAUCUUAAGUUUUUUUUUUAAAUCUUUCUAAUUUCCUCCCUGCCCAGGGUGUAUCUAUAUCCUUUCCUGAUCUGCCCAGGAAUCAGCUGGAGCACUACAGCCAUGGCUUGAUGGCUUGUACACAAUGUUUUUGUAACAGCUCUAGGUGUGUUCUCUGGUUGUAAGGCAAUGAUGAGAGUAAGAAAGGGGAAUAAAGGAGAUCCUGGCUGUGACGCCAUGCUGCGGUGGCUCCUCUGAUAGCUGGAAGGUUCUGGACAUUACAGGGCUCCUCUGCUAUGAGAGGCACAGGCACAGGCGUGUCUUGGUGCAACCCAAAAGUUUUCUUCUCCAUUCACGUUCAGUGGCUUUCUGAUGGAUGGUGGGCUCAUGGAGCUUUGGUAUGAUGAUGCUAUCUCCAAAUGAAUACCAAAAAUAGAAGAAAAUUCCCCUCUCAGCCUUGCCUUUCAGGAGUGGAUAGACCUGCUUAACUCUAAGGUACCUUCUCCACUCCUGCACCAAGGCAUCUCUUACAUCAGUACCCAUUUAAUGUUUACAUAGCUGCUAAAUCCUAAAAAUUCUUUUCCCUUUGCUGCUGUCCUUGACAGUAGAGAUAUUGAGUUUCAAGCCUGGAGAAAGUAGGAGUUUUCAAAACAUCUGUUCUAGCUGGCAGUGUCAUAAAUGACACAGGCAGAGACGUCAGUCGCUGCUCUGGGAGGAAUGGAGGAGCAUUCCAUCUCUCCUGUGCCUCUUUUUCCUUUCCAAUGCAACACUGAGCCAUGAAAAACUCCCUGAGAGAAGCAAUUGGAGUCCUAUUGCUUGCAAUUUUGAAAAACUGAACUGAGGAAAGAGAUAAGAGACUGAACAGAAGGAAGGACAAAAUAUUCCAGCUUUUCCCAACAGUUAGGUAAGGUGGUAGGUCGGUUUCAUGUUGGUGGCUUGGGUUUCUCACUGACCCUUUUUGACAGCUCUUUUCAAAGUAAAGGAGUGACCAUUGGUUCCUCAUCCCUUCUGCUAGUCCCACAAUUUUAGCAUCUCUGCAAGGGGAAAAGAGGCAUCACAAAUCUGACCAUUGCUUCCCCACACUGUCAGGAGCCCUCCACAGGAACUGCUCUCCCUCCCAGCACAAGUGAUCCCACUGCUGGAAACUGGAGCAGUUGUUCUGAGGGGGAGUUUAACUGCUGAACUACUGGCUGCUUAGGACAAGGUCCCAGCAGGGAAGGGCUGAAAUACCUCUAAAGAAAAUCAUACCUCUGGGAGGUCCAAAUGUCUUCUUGCUUGCUUUUUCUUGCUCUCUGCUGGCUUCCAGCCUCUCCAGUCUUUGCUGCUUGAUACUCAGAUAACUGAGUUUCUGCAUUCCCUCCUUUUACUGAGCACAGAGGGCUGGUGAAGCUGUUUGAUUUCAGUGUGGUAGGUGAGAUCAGAUUUCUCCCUCCAUGCCCUCUUCUUUUUCUCCCUGUGCAGCUCCUGUCCUUGCAGUUCUCAGGACUUGACUAGCAGAGUUUUUAAAUGAAGUGAAAGUCUUAAUGUGAGGUGAAUCCCAAGACCACAAACAGUUUGGACUUCAAACAGUGAGAAAAUUGGCGCCGGAUGAUUCCGCACACAAAGCAGAAAACUUUCAUUUCCUGCAGGCAGGAUGGAAUUGACUGUUAUAUUAAGACUUCAGAAGGAGCACUGCCCCGGAGUAAUUUCACUGCUGUCAGGCAGUGUUGACAUCUAGAUUAACCUAUGUGCAGUGAAUUUUACAGCAAAGCUCAUUGUAAUGCAUGUGGGGUAUCUCCUGUAAAUCCCAGCUGGAGCCCGCAGUGUCCCACCCCUCUGCACAGGAGGAAGGGUCGGGGAGCAGCCGCUAUCAUUUUUGACCCCAGCAAAGCGUGACUCCAGCCUCAUCCAGGCCAGUUCUGCUGAAACUGAUUAUCUGCUGGGCUAAAGUGACAAUAGCUCCAGCCUGUAUUUUUUCUUUUUUUCUUCUAAUUCCCCAAAGAGGUUUACAUCACAAGGCUGAAAUUUUUGCCAGUGACAAACAGCUCCCUUCAUGUAUCCAGCCAGCAGUACAGUCCUAAUUAAAAGGCACUAGUUAACUAGCGGCAAUUAGCUGCUUGCACUGAUUAACUCCAAGACAUACAAUCCCCAAACACAAAGCUCUGAUCAGAUGUGAUCUAAAAGGCAGACAAACCCCCAGCUGAUAUGAGAUUGUGACAUCCAAUCCUACUCACCAGCAUGCAGGCACACAAUGAAUGCUGCCUACCAAACCAAAACUGCAUGAAUUAAAGAAAUUCACACAGUUAACUCAGGGCAAGUCAGAGGAAUUGCAGAAGAAACCCCUUGGCUCCAGAAAUGAAUGCUCCUGCUGAUAAUUUGAAAGCGUAGGCCUGACCUCAAGUCCUUCUCUCUUUUGCUGUAAGAGGAGAUUGAGCAGUGGGAUUUCCCAGGCAGGAAAACAACAGCUUCUUCAUUUUUGUCCUGGCAGAGACAAUGCUGUCUGUGGUUCUUAAGAUGCCUCUCUGAGAUUCACUUUGUGAAAAAAUACCCCACUAGCAUAUAAAAAUAUAGAAAAGGAAGGGAAGGUUUCUUUGUGUGUUUUUGCCACACCUGCUUAUUUAUGCACUUAUUUCCUACUCAUACAUUGCUCUGCAGUCAUCUGCAGGGGGUUGUAGGCAAAAGAAAGCUAUCAGGUGCUGAAGAGAUCAACCUCUAACCCUAAGGGCAAAAUCCCAAUAGCACUUCUAGAAAUCUCUUUCAGAGCCCAUCCCUCCUCUCUCACACACUUCUUCAUGGUAGGCUUGCCUUUAUAUUUGUCAAAGGUUUUGGACAGCCUGUGAAGAAAUGACAUAUCUUCAGUUUCCCCUCAUCUUCAGAAGGAAUUGUGACAUUUCUGUAAUUUGACCCAUCAGGAAGAUUCCUUCAAACUAACAUUUAUUACCCCAAUCAGAAUACAGCUGAAAAGACUACCCAAGGUUAUAGAAAAGGUCAAGCUCUUGCUUUGGACUGGAAUUUGCUUUGGAAGGAAUUUGAUGGACCAAUUUAACCACCACAGCACAUCAAAACCUGGUGGCUUCAUUUAAAAAGUAAUCAGUAUUGUAUUUCGCUUUAGACAUCCGUGCAUUAGUGUUCUGCAAAUAUGAUUUCCUCUUUGUUUGCAUUAUUGAUGCCAUAAAAUGUCAGACACAUUAAAGAAAAAAAAAGAGGCCAACCUUUGGGGUUUGGAAUGAUUCUGGCUGAAUUGCAGUUGGGUUACUUUCCUUUUUAUUUCCCAUGGCAGCAAUGCACUGUUACUCAUACUGCUAUUGUUUUACAAAGAGUUCUCUGUAAGUGUAUUUAUUCAGCCAACCAUAUUUCAGGAAACACAUAACCUUGAUAUUUUUUGCUCUAUGUGGCAGCAUGUGUAAAUGUGUGUUGGGGAGAGGAGGGGAGGUGGAGCUUUUUGCAAGAGCCCUCCCAUGUCUGGUAGUGUCUUGGCUUUGUGCAGUGCUGCAUGAAUCCCUCCUGCUCAGGUGCUUGGUUGGAUUUAACCUCAAGAACUGACUUUUGUAAUCAGGAUUUGAGGUCUUCUGGUUUAGCACUGCCCAGAAUCUGUCAUCUGCUCUCACUAUUCAGCAGCCAUCUGCUAUCCACAGAGGUUCCUAGAUGUCUAUGCCACAGAGAUUACACAGUAAUUGAGUCUCAGGCAUGCGAUAGAGGAGUUUUAGCUCAUUCUGAUCCUGGACCAACAGCAAGUUUGCUGAUUUAGCUUGGUUCCAACCCAAGGUUCACUGACUACAGUUCCCAAGACAAAUACUCAUAGCUGCUUAGUGCUUUUUCUCACAGACCAUUUCAAGUACAGGCCUUGGUGGCUGUAGCUCUCUGCUUCACCUCUCUAUAAUGAAUGUGGUUCCAUUUUUCAGUUUUCCUGAAUUUUUUUGAAGGAUAUUCUCCCUCCUGAAAUCUAAGAAAUUCUCAAGUAUUCUGUCUUCUUGAAAGUGAAAAUGAAGAAAUAAGGUGGAAAUGUCUCCCCUAUGUAGAGAUUUUCAUCAGUGGUAAAAUUUCAGCUUUUCCUCCCAGUGACAGCAAGACUUGGGUGCAGGGGGAGAAGAAUAUGGUGGAGCAGUAUAUGGGACUCAGCUAGGACCUAGACUGCAAAGUCAUCUGUUCACCUAAUGAACCAUCACCAGCUUCAUACAGGAAGAAAUCCCCAGCUUUUCUCAAGCUUCAGAUUCCUGCCCAGUUCUUGUUCCUACUUCAGUUCUGAGGAAUGACCUUCAGAUGACCUUCAGAUCUCCUUAUCUUCACAGAUCCUUUCCAGGGCUAUCCAAACAGCCCAAAGAAGUGAUGACAGGGGCUGAAUGGGUGUGUAAUUCAAUGUCUUUCUCUCCCUUUUUCAUCGGGGCAGAGAUAGUGAAAGUGACAAAACAGAAAAUUAUUUCCCCCAACAGCAGUGAUCCAGUUUCUUUUUAAACUUCGAUAUUUAAGAAACCAUACAGCAGUACCUAUAAAUAUGCCUUGAAAUGUUGAAUGAGCACAAGAGUAUAUUUGAUUUUGUUUUUAUGCCUGUAAUUUCUCUCACCAAGAAUUCAGCCGUUACUCAGCUCCCAGCAGGUUGUUCUGAUUGCUGGAGAGAUGGUUGGGAUUGAUUCCGGCUGUGACCUGCUCCAGUCCAGCCUCAUUCUUAUGUAGCUAGAUUGAAACAAUAGAAAUCAGCAAGAGGCUGAAUUGUUGUUCCUUUGUAACUGAACCUUCUUGUGCAACUCCAGACUAAAUGUAGAAGGUGUUGAUGACCCACAACUUUGAAGUCAGUAAAGGCUGUAGAUAGUGAGAGGCCCUGAACAGAUGGUAGGAACAGAACAGCAGGAGAAAGAGAAAUGCUACAAGUGGGAAAAAACCCAACCAACAAAACAAACCAACAAACAUUGCAUCAGAAAAGGCAGUGGUUGGCUCAUAAUAAAAGAAAAUCCACUCCUGUACAUGAGAAAAGGUGCAGAAUAUUCACCCUGGUAACCAAGAACGUUGGCCACCAGGACAAGAGCAGCUCUAUGUCCUACAAACCUCCUCUCACUUUUAAUUUCCUUUUUCUCCUUCUCCUGCUAAUACAGAACAAAUCCUGGCUUAUGGCCUUCCUGGAAACUGAAAUUAAGAGGCAGAUUUGGGACAGGAUGAGAGAGACCUGAUCCUCCUGGAUGCCACAAUGACUUUAUAGCCCACCAACUUUCAGUAGCCAGUGCCUGGUGUGCCCUUUAUUUUAAUUUAAUUUUUUUUAACAACUCCUAAUUACCACAAGUAGUGUUCAUAAAGAACCUAAAACAGUUCAGGCCUCAGUCUCUUGGUGAGAUGGAGAUUUCAGCAGGCGGACAGACGCGGUGAGCCGGUCCCUGCGGAUCAGCACCGCGGACAGCGGCACCGCCCGCCAGGCCCGGCCCGGCUCCCGCCGCCGCCGCUGGAGGAGGAACCCCGCCUUUGAUGGGGGAAUUGUGCCCACACUGCCCAGGGAACUGCUGUCUCACCCUUCCUUCGUUUCUCCCAUAUCUUUUUUUUUUUCCUAGUGGGAAAUCAUUAUCUGUUAUCUUGUUUUCAAGUGAUGGAGGAGGGAUGGUUCAAAACACAAACCAAUCGUUCCUAUGUAAGAGAGAACAAUUUUUUUCCUUCAGAGUUAAACUCUCUGCCCCACUUUUUCCUGCACUGGUGUUUCACCUAUGAAGGCUCCGUCUCUAAUUUGGAUUGUGAAAGGUUCUUAUCUUCUCAUCCAUUGAGACAGUUUGACAAAUGGAGAGAUAUUACACUGGUAGCCCUUUAGAAGCAGAAUUCUUAUUUUAUUGGAAGCAUCAUGUGAUUCAGAUUUCAGCCAUCAAUUACGUUUACUGUUGGUAAAGGGUAAACAGACAAAUCUCUUGGAAAAUUGCAAGUAAGGGACAUAAAUGACACUGUGGCCACUGAAACUUAUUUUCACCAAAAAAAAAAAAAAAAAAAAAGCCACAUUACUGUGUAGUGGAGGGUUCUGUAGUGGAGGAUUGUCAGAAUCAUAGAAUUAUAGAAUGGUUUGGGUUGAAAGAGACCUUAGAAACCACCCAUUUUCAACUCCCCUGACAUGGGGAGAGACAUUUUCCACCCGACCAGUUUGCACAAAGCCUUGUCCAUCCUGGCCUUGAAGAGUCAGAUGAAAUGAAGAGCCAUGCAGGCACCAAGAGACAAGGCCCCAAAUGGAGCAUCAGUCUUACCUUAAAUUAAAAAAAAAAAAAAAAAAAAAAAAAAAAAAAAAAAAAAAAAAAAAAAAAGGGCAAGUGUCUCAGUGUUCAUCUUGCUCAGCCUGCAUAUUUGGGAUUCCAUCCCCCACGUAUUCCUGGAUCAUACUAAGGAAGCUGUACCCUCAAAUUAGGGUUGAAUGUCUCCUGAACCUAUUCAUCGUGGUGAGAACUUGUUGGGCAGGAGCAUGCAGGCUCAUUACAUGCCUGAAAAAAUUAGUGUGAAGAAGAAGAGCCAGAAAAGUAGGACAGAAAGUUGGGCUAUUCCCCCCACUCAACAUAUGCUGCUUUCUAGAAGCAAUUUCCUCUGUAUCCCACCUCCCACACUCUCACCAGCUGCAGCUGGAAGUUACUACAAUGGGACAUGUGGAUGGACACUCAGAGACAGAAAGGACUGGGAAAUGCCUGAGACAAAAGACUUCAGAACUUGUAAGUAGCAAUACUGAAAUUAGGGCCAGGCUUCUGAUGUUUAGGGCUGUCUGGAAGUCAGAAAGGAUGGGGUUGUAGGGGAUGGCAAAGAUAAUUUAAUAGGGGGCUUAGAGAACAAAUGAUGCUAAGAGGAGGGAACAAAGAAGCCUACUGGGACAUAGGGAGAGGAGGAAAAUGGACAAGGACUUGAUUCCCAGUGAAGGGUCAGUGCUCAAGAGGGUGGUGAAAGUCAGGCAGGAAUGGUAGUGAAGCAGAAGCCAGCCCUGGUUGGGGAAGAACUAUAGAUGUGAGGACAGAGUCCCUACAGAAUGAUGUGUGCUCAUCCAAAUGAGUCCUGAAGGUUUCUCCAAACCUUCAGUUCUGCUGGGCUUCCCCCAGGCCCACACUGUCUGCUUCAAACCCGACAAAUACCAUAACUUUAACUGCAUUUAUUUUGCUCUCUGACAGCUCUGGCUUCAGUACUAACAGUCUAAAUUGUUUUAGUUCCCCUCAAUCCUCCCGUUCAACCCCCCAACCAGCUAAUCCCUUGUGUGAAGGAGAAUUGCCUUUUUUUUUAGUUUUCUAUUAUUUUUUUCCCCAGAAGUGUCCAUUAAAUUUUCAGCUAAACUGGAAGGCAAUUUUUUGCAUGAGAGCUUUACAUAGAUAGGCUUAAAGCAGAACAAAAAUAAAUAAAUAACUAUACUAAAUUACCUCCCCCUCCCCCACCAUGUCUUAAUGAAGUGCUGUUUUACAUAAGUUAUUUCAAGAGAAAUGAAGUAUUUUUGGGCAGGCAAGUGAUCAACAUUUAUUUAGGUUUCCAAGAGUGUUGCAACUCCCUCUGAAUCUUCUGGGUCAGAAAAGGAGGCAAGGUUUCCCCAGAUAGGGACUGAGGAUACACAACCUUCUUGGGUGAAGGCUGUCUUGGGGUCUCCAGGCUGUGUUUGGGAACAUUUUUAGGGGCUGCACUGGGCACUUGCCUCUGGUAAUUUCUCCAAGGUUUUUGUGUUGAAGCAGUGCUGUCUGUCAGUGGUUUGUGUGGCAGCAUGACAGCCUAGGUGGAAAAAUCAUUCUGAUUUCCUGAGCUGGCCUCAAAAUCCCCCAUGCACCUCCCAGAAAUCUGCAAUGGUAGACCUAAUUUCCAGGAAGCUACUCCUCCUCCCAGCUGAGCUGCCCUUCAGCAGUGCAGGCAGGCUUGGCCCCCACAAAGUGCUGCUGGCAGGCGAGCUGGUACUGAGAGGAGGAUGGGCCUACAGCUCAGAGGAAAGACAUUUUGGUGGCAUUUGUGUUGUUACUAUUAUUUAAACCAGCUUAUUUUAAUCUCUGCUAAUGUCACAGAAAGUCUGCACGAGCAGAAAACAAAUCCUCUGGUGAUCUAUGCUGAAUUGAUUUCUAUUUCUUUGGCAGACUUUUUUUACACUAUGCACUAAUCCACAUUUUCUUAGUCUGGGGCUUCUUUUGAAACUUUUGAAUCCUAUUUGCCAUUUUGCAAGUGAAUUGCUGCUUCUCAACCUUCUCCCAACCACAGUCUCCCCUUCUCCAAACCAAAAUUCACCAUUUUCUCCUGCUGGGAACAAGCCAGGCUACCCCUUAAGGGACAAUCUGGUGAGAGCAAGGAGGUUGUGAUCUCUGCCUGUCCACCUCACCUCCACUGGCUGCAACUCAGAGGAUGAGGAACUCUGAUCUGAGUUUUGGCCAAGGUCGGGUUCCUGCUUGUCCCCUACCUGCCACAUCGUGUGCAUUGAGCGCACUGCUGCCCUGGAAGGGGAUGACUGAUACAGCGUUGGUCACACUUACAUGAAGAGUUUUUAAAUUAAGAAUUUGCAGUGAGGUCCAGGGACCUGUUAAAGUGCUGAGGUAUUUACCCUCCCCAGACCUUCCCUUCCUUCCUGUCCUGCUUUGACCCUUCCUCUCUCCCCAGCCUUGAAAUGAAACAGAAAAUUAUUUUUUUAAAACUGUGUCGAUAAUUUAUGUUUAGUAUAAAGGAUGAUUUAAUGGCAUCACCAAAGGUCAUUUUUUUCAUCUCCGUGUUACUACCCCAGCCCCAGAGGCUGUGAAUCCCCCCUUCCCCAUCACUCCACUGCCCUCCCUUUCAUUCACCUCACACAUCCCCUGUCACCACCCCGCCCCAGCGUUCCACGCACCCAGGUUCAGCCAAUGACCGAUGGAGAACAGAGAUUUCAACCCGAAACCUCCGCUCCAGACCACCCCCAACUGGAACCAUUUCCACCUUGAAAACAGUCAGCUGCUGCAAAGGACAGGCAGACUCAUUCCUUGAAUUACCUAAGGUUUUUUUUAAAGCCUUUUAUACCUAUUUACAUGUGCGCGUGCGUGCGCCGAGUGUGCACAGUGGUACCUGUGUGCACAGAUGCACACGAACCUCUCUCUCAAGUAUAAAUAUAUUGUAUGUUAGAGCUGUAAAUACUCCUUGGUCAUGUGUCUAUGUCUUCUUCAAAGUAUCAUAUCCUCAGUGUUACGUUAACAACUCCAUUUAUUGAUUGAUGAAACUAUGUGUAGACCUGUACCCUCCUGACAUAGUUUAUGUAGCUCUCUCUUCUCAAAUAAAAUACAAAACUAC